UCCGAAAUAACCGAAAACGCGACCGCGACCGCGAUUUGAAACCCUGCUCCGGUUAUGGAUUUUGAUUUCAACAGUGCUCGGUCAUCUCCUGUGUCGACUGCUCCUUCAACGCCUCGACGAAUGGGCGAUUGUGUCUUUAGUGCCCCGACGAGUCCUGCACGGUUGUUCGAGUUUUACCGCGAAUUCGAUCGAUACAAUAUGGAAAGCAGCAUGAGAUACAGUCGUUUAAAGGUCGAUGAAGGGGAUGAUUUUGCAUUUGAUUUUAGUGUGAACUUGGAGAACACAUCUCGUUCAGCUGAAGAACUCUUCGAUGGAGGGAAAAUCAAGCCAUUGAAGCCUCCACCUCGGUUAAAGAUGGAUGUUUCGUCACCCAAAUCUCCAUUUUCCCAAGGCAAAAAGAUCAUACGUGAAGCUUUUUCACCAAGAAAGCAGGAUGAGCGAGACUCUUUUCCAACUGCCAUCGGAACCAGUCGGAACAAUCGAGAGCACGGAAGAGGUAGAGAAAGGGUUCAAGAUUCCACAUCAAGGAACUCGAGCCGUCGAGCAACGAGAUCGCUUUCUCCUUACAGAGUCUCGGACAACCGAUGGGAAGAAGACGAUGAAGAAGAAGAGAGAAAACAGCAACGUGAACCCACCAGCACCAAGCAAUCAUCAUCAUCAUUGAAUUCAAAGCCAUUGUUUUCUUCAACUUCCUCAAAGGGGUGUUCAAGAAAAUGGAGAUUAAGAGAUUUGCUGUUGUUCCGAAGCGCAUCGGAGGGACGUGCAAGUGAUAAGGAUUCAUUAAGGAAGUAUUCGUCGAGUUUUGUGAAGAAACCUGAAGAAAAGAAGAAUUCAGGUGGGUCUAGAAGAAAAGUGUCGGCUCAUGAGCUGCAUUACACAACGAACAAAGCAAUAUCUGACAACAUGAAGAAGAAAACUUUCUUGCCUUACAAACAAGGUAUUUUGGGAAGAUUAGCCUUCAAUUCAAAUGGAUUUGGGAAAUAAUCAGUCAAUCAUCUCAUGAUUUCUAAGUUAUUUCAUUUUUGUUGUUGUAAAGAUUAUCUGUUUUGGUGCUCCUGUACAAGUGUAUAGUUCAUGCGAGGAA